ACUCCCCUACACUUCGGCAAGCGGAGUGCUGCCUCCAGUAGUAUAUGCUCUAAGAUUCAAUAAGAUAAAUCAUCAUGGAAAAAUGAAAACAUAAUUCGAAGUUAACGAAAAACGAAGAAUUUGAUUUUAACAUGAAGUGUAGAUAUAAAACAUCUUUAUUAAUGGACUAAGAUUUUUGUCAUUAAAUCGUCCUAUCGUGAUUGGAUGUUAGAAAAUGUCAUUCCUUCUAACAACGAAUGGUGUCCAGUAAUCUUUCAUUUUGGCACGGGUUCGCGGAUACCUAUGUGACAACGACGACGACGACGGCGACGAAGACGGAAAAUAAUGUUUUGAAGAAAGAAAAUCCGUUUACUGAAUUUGAAACCGUGACACAGACCGUGAUCCGUUGGGAGAUCGAAACGGACUUCGUUACGUGUUUCGAGGAGGAGAGAAGAGUUCAUGAUGGGAAUAAAACUUGAAAUUUCCCACGUCAAAUUGAUCAUGAUUGUUUAAUUACGACGUCGGGAUCAAAGAGAUUAAGGAGCCCCUAAACACGUUGUCCGUGAAACGCGAACCUAAAGGAGAAGGUGGUAGUGGUGGUGGUGUCGGUGCUGGUGGCGGAGAAGGAGGAGAAGGAGAACGAACGUUUCACCAAAAUGGGAAAUUGCUUGAAACGCGCUGGAAGCAAUCAGCAGGACAAUACUACUUUGUUAAGUAACAAUCCUGAUCCUCCUACGUUGACCAGAGGCUCUCUGCAAGAAGGCCUCGGACCUCCGGUACCUAACAAUGGGCCAGUUACAUUUUCUUAUGCACCAAUUUUUACGAGGGAACUUCACCUUCAACAAAUUGGCAUCGGUGUUAAUCUAGGAACAGGUACCGAAGAGGAACAGCAAGUUAGAAUAGCGAAACGCAUAGGACUUAUUCAACACCUGCCUAUGAGAGAAUACGAUGGGACUAAAAAGGGAGAAUGUGUGAUAUGCAUGAUGGAGCUCCAGGUGGGAGAGGAAGUGCGUUAUUUACCCUGUAUGCAUACUUAUCAUGCUGUCUGUAUCGACGAUUGGUUACUGCGUUCCUUGACGUGUCCUUCGUGCAUGGAACCAGUAGAUGCAGCGCUGAUUAGUUCUUAUCAUCCGACCACUUAAUACUGUUCAGACAGAAAAUGGAGUAGCUAACGGGUAAUCAAACUAUACUAUUGCGUUGAACAGAGCAACUGAAGAGAACCAUUAAUUUUAUUAUUUCAUCUAAUGGCUUCUAACUAGUGGAAGAGGCCUGCUCUUGUUAACGGCCGAUCGUAUUUCAACGUAUCCGACAUACCUGCUCGCAUGCUGAGUAAUAAUGAUACCUGUAUCGUAAAGAGUUGCAAAUAUCUUUUAUGUACAUAGAUCGCUGAGAUCCCUCUUACAGGGCAAUGUUCUCCUCGCGGAUCAUUGAGGAAAAGGAAAUCACGUUCAUGGCCGAAAAACAGUCGAGGAACAGUCGAUUAGUUUUCUUUCCUUUCUAUUAAAUCUGAAGUAACUUUCCUCCAAUGCAGUUGAAAAUCAUAUUUGAUUUUGCGCUCGAGCAAAUGGAGCACAAGAAAGUAGUAACGAUUCGCUGAGAAAAUGUUUCCAGCAGACUUGGCGUUGGUGAUUCAGUCGAGAAGAGAUGAACAGGAUUAUAUGCAUUGUGAAUAUCAUGAUCAAUAUUAUUAUGUAUCAGAAAAUAUUACGCUAUGUAUAUUUUUAAUCGUAGUCGCGAUUGUUUCAUAGUUCCAAAUAUUAAAUAUUUUCAGAAUUUAUCUUAUGACGCAUGAAAAAAUUGACCUUGUUAUUUUUAAGUACAUUCUUUUUUCGAUGUAAUUUGGUCGUAACGCGUGAUCAGUCUUUCUCUAAAAAAAGGUAAACACCGCAAUGAAACUACACACAAAAUUGGAAAGCAGGAGCACUGGCACCCCAGGUUCUUCGUUCCAUACAUACAUAUGAACACUACGUUAUAUGUAUGCAUUUUGAAUUUUAUGUAUUUCAGACGAAAAAUGUGAACUGCGAUUGAAUAUUUGUGUCACUAUGUAUGUCGACAGUGCCGUUUGUAUAUUCCCUUUGUAUAUGUUCGUAUAUGUACACGUAUGUCGUUUACGUUCAACUUUAUGAAAUACAUGGGGUAUUGGUUCGAUCGAGAAACGUUUUAAACAAACUCGUGGAUUCGAGUACAUAAAAACAGUUAUUAAAAUCUGUCUUCUAUGACUUAUUUAAACAUAUUUUAUUUUCAUAUUCUACCAUUACCUCUUUUUACGACACUUCAUACGUAUACAUGCGUACAUACAUCGAUAUUACUCAUAGCGCAAAAGGAAGAAUUCAUUGAUUAUUUUUAUAAAAAUAUUUGCGAGUAAUAUGUAUGCAUCCUGGUACUUCGUUAAAUCCUGUUAUUCAUGGUAAUUGAACGUAAUUUGAACCGCAGAUCGAUCCAAGGAACAAAUUCCUGUGUUUCAGUUCUAAAUCGGUUUAUUCUGGUUUGAUCACACAUACAGAGGUACAUAAUAUAUAUGUAUCUACACACUUAUCCAUGUCACAGUAAUACGAAAAAGUUGCAUAAUAUGUAAUAAUAAGAUUACGAAUAAGUUGUUCAACUUGGAUCUCUAUACGGACUUGAAAUCCGAAUAAAACUGUCAUAAUGAUAAAUCCUGCAAAUGCUAUAUUGUUCUCCGACAUGAAACUCGAAUGAAAAUUUAAAUAUACCAAUCGGUCAAUUUCGUAUAAAGAAUAAAUAAAUAUUAUUUUAAAGUUUA